AUGUGUACUGGGGGCUGUGCCAAGUGCCUGGGGGGCACCCUCAUUCCCCUGGCUGUGUUUGGCCUCCUGGCGAAUAUCCUGCUGUUCUUCCCCGGAGGAAAGGUGAUUGAUGACAACAACCACCUUUCCGAAGAGGUCUGGUACUUCGGAGGAAUCCUGGGAAGUGGAGUUUUGAUGAUCUUCCCUGCGCUGGUGUUCCUGGGCCUGAAAAACAAUGACUGCUGUGGAUGCUGUGGCAACGAGGGCUGCGGGAAGCGAUUUGCGAUGUUCACCUCCACACUGUUUGCUGUUAUUGGAUUCUUGGGUGCUGGAUACUCAUUUAUCGUCUCAGCUGUCUCCAUCAACAGGGGUCCUAAAUGCCUCAUGAGCAAUAGCACAUGGGGAUACCCCUUCCACAGUGGUGAUUAUCUUAGUGACCAAGCCUUGUGGAGCAAGUGCACACAGCCUCAGGAUGUGGUCCCCUGGAAUCUGACCCUCUUCUCCAUUCUGCUGGUCAUCGGAGGGAUCCAGAUGGUGCUCUGUGCCAUCCAGGUGAUCAAUGGCCUCCUGGGAACCAUCUGUGGAGACUGCCAGUGCUGUGGCUGUUGUGGGGGUGAUGGACCAGUCUAA